AUGAUAGAUCAAAGAGACAAGAACCCACCUCAACAAAUCAAGAAGCAAACUAUGCUUGAGAAGUCAAACCCAGCUAGGAGUUUGAAGCAAACUAACUUCAACAUCAAUCUUAAAGAGGGAGUAGUCUUUAAAUAUGACAAUACUUUAAUGAAUUCUCUUCCCACAUUUUAUUAUUUAUCUAAUGAUGACCCUCUUGACUGUUUAGGUGAGUUUCAUAUCAGAUGUUCUGCUCAAAAUAUUCUUGGACUUAUAACCAAAAUUUUAAAGAUGAAGUAUUUUCCUCUUACUUUGAAAGAAAAGGCUAAAGAAUGGUAUAGAAGUCUAGAAGUUUUUUUUGGUAAGUGGAUUGAACUUGAGAACACAUUUUUGCAGAAUUUUAUCCUCUUGGAAAGACAAAUGCAUCUAGAAGAGAAAUUCAAAAUUUCAGUCAAAUGUAUGAUGAAUCAUUUAGUGAAGCUUGGGAGAGUUUGAAAACUUUGAUAAGGAAAUGCCCUCAUCAUGAAAUUAAAUCUUCUCAACUAGCUCAGAUUUUUUAUGAUGGUCUAACGGAUGCUCUUAGGAGUAGAGUUGAUUCGGCUGCAAGAGGAUGUUUCUAUCAUGCUUAUGAGGAUGAAGUUUAUGUUCUAAUGGAGAAAAUGGCAGAAAGUAAUAUACAACAUGCAGGUGUAAGGCAAAAUCGGAGAACUAUGAACCGAAGGCAAGGAGGAAUUCUGAAUGAUGCAAGGAAAGAGGAUGAAGUGGAGAGAGAUCAGACUAACCAUAGCUUGUGGGAGACAAACAAGAAAUUAGAUGAAUUGACUUCAGCUUUGAACAAGGUACUUAAUUCUAACUCUCCUCUCAUUAAAACUAAGAUUUGCUCUCUUUGUCAUAGUAGAGAUCAUGAAGAUGGAGCUUGUAAAGAAAAAGAAGAGGUGACUGCUAUGGGGUAUAACCAAGGGCAAUGA